GUAGACUUGCGCCGAUCAUUUGAAAUAGAAGAAGACAGUGGGCAGGUGUGGACAGUAGACUGCAUUUUCCACAAUUGUUUUUAUGCUUUUUAGUGCGAAUGCCGUAAUUGGAAAUGGAGUUGCAAAUCUCAGAGUCAAACGACCAUAUGAACAUUUACAUUUUAUCGGGAGAUAAACAUAUUUAAGAAUGUUUUGCGCAAAAUUGAAAGAUCUGAAAAUAUCUGGCGAAUGCCCCUUCUCCAGUGUAAGCCUGAACGAGGAGCCCGGAGACUUUGAGGAAUGUACAAGUGACAGUGAUGCAGAUGUGCUACCAAUUUCUAAGGAUGUAUAUGGAAAUAAAUGCAGCGGACUGCCUCAAAGAAGAACCAGCAGGACUAAAGUUAAUCUUCAUACGUUAGGAGACAGCAUCCGAAAAUUAGUAUGUCCUGAGUUUCAAAGACUACAUUCUGCCUUCAUACAAAUGAUGAAACAGCAUACAUUAACCAUGAAAUGCCCAGCAGUGUGGUAUGCAGACAUCUGUCAAAACAGGAGCAUUGAUAAGCCAGAGCACUUACUGGAAAUCAUGACAACUGUUUCUAGCAAAACAGGUAUUGAAAUAGACACUUUGAAAGUGUUGCUUGGUGAAGAACUCUUUAGAACAUGCUACAAGGAGGACGGUCAUAUUCUGAGGGUGGUCGGAGGAGCACUCCAUGACUUCUUGAACAGCUUCAACGUCCUCCUAAAACAAGGCACAUCGCCACCGGCAACCACCAGCGACGCGUGUGUUAAUGAAUCCUCAGUGCUCUGCUUGGACAAAGACCCUGGACUCCUCACUGUUUACUUCUUCAACCCUCACCCAACCACGGAGCUCUACUUUCCUGGGGUGAUAAAAGCAGCCGCCAGCCUACUGUACCACACCUCUGUGGAGGUGCUUAUGGAACCCCCCGGGGCCAAGGACAGCACCCUGCAGUCCAGCCCGCAGCCCAGACUCCUCUACUCGGUGGUAGUGAAGGACACCAAGAGCCUGAGCCCUAGUCCUCUCAGGUCCACUUCUGCCGGGACCCUCCCCACCUCGCUGUUUUCCACCAUCUUUCCUUUCCACCUCUUCCUGGACCAGGACCUGGGCCUGUUGCAAAUUGGAGAAGGCCUCCGGAAGAGGCUUAACAGGAAGGACAGCCCCAGAAGGCCUGCCACAUUUCAGGAACACUUCUGCAUUAUUGCUCCCCAGAUCAAGUGCACCUUCCAGGGCAUUCUGACCAUGCUCAAUACCCAGUUUAUGAUCAGGAUCAAGCAUGGGACAUCCACCAAGGACAAAACAGGAAAGCCCAUGGACCUGAAAGGCCAGAUGAUCUACGUCUCAGAGUCCAACGCCAUCUUGUUCUUGGGAUCUCCAUGUGUGGACAAGCUGGACGACCUGACCGGCCGUGGCCUGUAUUUGUCGGACAUCCCCAUCCACAAUGCCCUGAGGGAUGUGGUCCUGGUUGGGGAGCAGGCAAAAGCGCAGGACGGCUUGAAGAAGCGUCUGGGCAAGGCCAUGGCCGCCCUGGAACAUGCUCACCUAGCCCUUGAAGAGGAGAAAAAGAGGACCGUGGACCUUCUCUUCACCAUCUUCCCUGGCACGGUGGCCCAGCAGCUGUGGCAAGGACAAACGGUGCAGGCCAAGAAGUUCGACCAUGUCACCAUGCUCUUCUCAGAUAUUGUGGGUUUCACUGCUGUGUGCUCGCGAUGCACGCCCAUGCAGGUGAUCACCAUGCUCAGCGAGCUCUACACCAGGUUUGACCACCAUUGUGGCGAGCUUGAUAUAUACAAGGUGGAGACUAUUGGUGAUGCCUACUGUGUGGCUGGUGGCCUGCACAAGGAGAGCGAGACUCACGCUGUCCAGAUUGCACUAAUGGCUCUGAAGAUGAUGGAGCUUUCUGAUGAGGUCACAACCCCCACUGGGGAUCCAAUCAGAAUGCGCAUCGGCCUGCAUUCUGGCUCGGUCUUGGCGGGUGUCGUUGGGGUGAUGAUGCCACGCUACUGUCUAUUUGGGAACAAUGUCACCCUGGCAAAUAAGUUUGAGUCCUGUAGUGUUCCCAGAAAGAUCAAUGUCAGCCCAACAACCCACAGUUUGCUGAAAGAUUGUCCAGAGUUUACAUUCAUUCCCCGGAGCAGACAGGACCUUCCGCCCAACUUUCCUGAAGAUAUUCCUGGAGUUUGUUACUUCCUGGAGGCUUCUGAUCAAUGGCCCAACCAAAUUAAGAAUGACUCUCAAAGAGAGAAGCAGUAAACUUUGCAUAAAAUGCCACAAUAAAAGUGCAUUGUGAAAUUAGAACAUAGCCGCUGUAUUCUGCUUUAGGUAACUUACUAUAUAUCGCUUGAAAUGUGGGGUUUUAAUAACAGUUAUUAGUUAUGACAUGCUAUUUAGUGAGCACAAUUUUAUUUACAUCAUAUUAAUCACGUCAUUCCUUUGUCACAAAAUGAAGGUUUGAACCACAUAGUAAAUUAUGAUGCCAUGGCUAGAUCGACUUGAAUGUUCAACCAUUCCAAUAAACAUUGAUUACCGUUGUUAUUGUUUGUAUUGUAAUCAAACUAUUAAUAAAUAUUGUGAAUAAC